GCUUGGUCUCCUUGGUUUUGGACCACCAUUUUGCUCUUCACCCGAUCAACUGACCUUCGCAGUGGCACUCCAUCCUACCCAGCCUCUCUGUUCAUCAAGACCCAGGCGUCAUAGAUGAUACCUUGUGAUGGAUAACUUAAUCUCCUGGCGAGUGCAAGUCUACACAUCUGCUUUCCGACCUGUCUGUGGCUCAGUGACUGGCUUGGAAAUGCCGCGGGUAUAUUCAUGCGUCAUCCUUUCCUUUUCACCCCAUCUUCCAACCUCUAUCUACCCAUUUUCCAAAAGUCCUACAACCAUUUCCACUGGUACUCCCUAUCCGGUUCUUUCUUCCCUGCGUGUCGAUUUCCUUGUCAUACGUAUUGUCCUUCUCGAACAGGUAAAUGCCAUGCAUGGGAAGAUCCUAGAACGGAACUGGUAUUAUAAUACAUGCCUAGCUCACGCGAUGAAAGUAAGAAGACGUAAGAUGCAAUCAAUAAACUAA